AUGCAGCAGCGCAAGUCCCUUGGUGCCCUGGUCUCCAACGGUGCCAACAGCGGCCUAGCCCAGUUGCCGGCCUACGCCAACGUCGCCCUGGUCGCGUUCGCCCAGCCCAGCUGCAGCUAUGGGGGCAACCUGAACCUGGCCGGGACUGGGCUGAGCUUUUCGUACGACGGGUCCACGCUCAAGCAGGCCAUCGACGCACUCCGCCAGCGCAACCCCACCACCAAGGUCAUGCUGGCCGUCGGCGGCGCCACCUACACGGAUUGGAGCGCGUUGAACGCGAGGGCGAUCGCGAAUCUGGUGAACGACUUUGGAUUCGACGGGGUGGACAUCGACUACGAGCCCUCCAACCCGAACUGCCAGCGGAUGGGCGGCACCGUGCGCUGCGGCAGCGACGCCAACUUCAUCUCCGUCAUCGACCAGCUCCGCGGCGCACUCCCCCAGGGCCAGAAGCUGAUCUCCAUUGCCGCGUGGAGUGUGGGCGCCUACGGCACCGGCAAGUUCUACAACGCCCAGCCAAUUGCGGCCGACACUGGGCUGCUGGUGAACCCGCUGGCGGCCCGCGGGAACAAGAUCGACCUGCUCAACGUGAUGAGCUACGACGCCAGCAACGCCUACGACCCGGUGGUAGCCCUGACCGCCUACCGGGCCAUCUACAGCGGCCAGAUCAACAUGGGCGUCGAGGUGCCGCCGGAGGCCUGGGGCGGCCAUGUCUACACUGUCGACGCCAUCAAGCGCCUCGGCAAGGCUGUAAUGAGCGACUCCAAGGCUGGGAUGAUGUUGUGGAGCGUGCAGAAGCAAACCAACCAGGCGACGUCGCCGUCGUACCCGAGCGCCAACCUGGCGGCCACCACCAUUUGCCAGAUACUGGGCCUCCCCAGCUGCUCGCAGCCCAUCAACCCCUUUGCCUCCUCCUGA